CUCUUCCCUUUUCCAUUUGUUACACUAAUUCAGCUUUUACUUUGAUCUUUACUGCAAUGACAGACACCACCAUAUCACGCUCAAUCGAAACGGUCCUUAAGAUCGUCAAUGAUAUAUCACCAAGAAUUGCAUCUGCUUAUCAGACAACGACUCGCAACGAGCUUAUAUUGGUUGGUGGCGCAGCUCUCUUUAGCGUCUACAAUCUAGUUCAGUACAUCAAAGACAAAUCGACCGCCAAGUACUAUCUACCUCCGCGUGUUCCCUUUGCACUCCCCUUGGUCGGCCAUUCUUUAUACCUCCUUUGGGACAGCAAUCAGUUUAUUGACUGGUGUGCUAAAAAAUAUGGAGAAGUCUAUGAAAUCAGCAUCAUGGGCAAGAUAGUAACAGUUGCCAGUGGACUUUCAGGCCAAGAAGCCCUCAAGGCCGAUACAGAUUUUCUAUCUCUCGAAGAAGGCGUUAUAAAAGAUGUCCUCUACUUGCAAUAUGCAAUCGACAAAACUACGUUUGAGAUCGGAUUCUACGUCAACCCUGUGGUUGCCAAGGCUGUCAUAUCACACAAGAAAGUACCCAGACACACCGAGGGUAUUCUGAAGGGAAUGGACGCCGGUUUCAAGAACCUUUUACCAGCAACAGACAGCUUUGUACUCAAGGACCCCAACCAUUUCUUCCAGCGAUUGAUUGCACACAUGAGUGUACCUACACUGAUCGGCAAGGAAGUUGGAGACAACGCUACCGUCAUUGAAUCCUUUGCUGCCUUUACAGCUGAUGUGACCGACAAUAUCCCCAUCUUCAUGUCUGUGCCGGUUGUUUUCCAUCGCUUCAUUACACCAUAUCUGCAAUCAUUCAAGAGACACAGAGUCAUAAUGAGCAAGUUCAUCGCACCAGUUGUCGAAAGCCGUCGCCAGGCUGCAGAUGCCGCUAAGCUGAAAGGAGAGACCUACAAAGCCGAGGAUGAUUUCUUACAAGGCUUACUAGAAUUCGUCAAGCCAGAUGGUACAAACUACACAGCAGAUCAAGUCGCACAGGCCACGCUUCUGGUUGCAUUUGCCUCUGUGCACACGACUGCUACCAACCUUGCCUUUUGCGCCUACUGGAUCGUUUCACGCCCAGACAUUAAGCAGGCAAUUUUGGAGGAAAUCGAGUCCGUGGUUGGCAAGGAUAUCAACACCGAAUUGACUUAUGAGCAUUUCGAGAAUAUGCCCUAUCUUGACAAAGUGAUUCGCGAGUCGGUCCGCCAGGGUGCUGAUGUGCUGGCUGUUGGCAAGAAAUGUCUCAAGACCUUCACAUUCUCCAACGGUUACCAAGUUCCCGCUGGCCGCGUAGUAGAAACAACCAACCGUCGAUUGAAUAUGGGUCUCAGCGCAAACCGUGUGGAUAUCAGUGAGAUGGAUCCUUUAGAGUCCGGUAGCCGUCCUCCAACAACUGCCAGUCGCGAUUACGUAACCUUUGGAAUGGGCAAGCAUCUGUGCCCUGGUCGGUUCUUUGCUGUUCUGGAGAUCAAGUUGACCAUCAUCCAGCUUCUACGCCAAUACGAUAUAACACCCUCCACUUCAAGCCCUGCUCAUCCCGUCAAACUGAUUGGUGGCUUUAUGGCUACCAAUUCUUCUGCUCCAAUCAGAUUUACCAAACGCAAGCUUUAAUCAAUCAAUAUCUUUUUGAUGUACUUGUUUAAUAUAGUUUAAUAUGAUUUGUUAUAUAUCUAAUCUAUUUAUGUACGUAUAGCUCCUUUUAUCCAACCAUAUCCUUUCAACCGCAUUCAACAGCACAAUAACCAUAUCCUCUUUCUUAAUUCAUCUUUUCUUGAGAUGUGUCGAUUUCCCAAAAAAAUAAAAAAAAAUAUAAAAGUGAUAAUAAUAAUACU